CAAAACCUUCUUAAAUCUGAUUGGCUGUUUGUCAAAUCUGGACGAGUUUCAGGAAGUAAACAAUGGUUUUCCCCUGUAAAAGAGGUGAAAACCCGUGAUAGAUGGACGCCUAAACGAUUUUCGUCGACAGUGAACAUGGCACCACCAAAGAAGAGCACCUUACCCAAACCGCUGCCAGAGGGCUUCAUCCUGACAGACGGCAAGAAGAAGUGGAGGCUGGGCAAACAGAUCGGGCAGGGUGGCUUUGGACUGAUCUAUCUGGCCUCCGAGAACAUAUACCAACCCACUCCAGAGGACACACAAUUUGUCAUCAAAGUGGAGUACAAGGAGAACGGCCCCCUGUUCUCCGAGCUCAAGUUCUACCAAAGGGCAGCCAAACCUGAGAGCAUGGGAAAAUGGAAGACGGAAAAGAAGCUGGAGUUUUUGGGAAUCCCCACAUACUGGGGAUCGGGACUUGCUGAAUACUCUGGCCUCAGCUAUCGCUUCAUGGUUAUGGACCGUUUGGGUACAGACCUGCAGAAAAUCUGUGAGGCCAACGGAGGACGCCUGAAGAAGACCACUGUUCUCCAACUGGGUCAAAGACUGGUGGAUGUGCUGGAAUAUAUUCAUGAAAACGAGUACGUCCACGCAGACAUCAAAGCUGCUAACGUCAUGCUGAGUUACAGAGACUCUGAAGAGGUCUACCUCGCAGACUAUGGGCUGUCCUACAGAUACUGUCCAGGUGGAGCUCACAAAGAAUACAAAGAAAACCCCAAAAAGGGCCAUAAUGGAACCAUUGAGUACACCAGCCUUGAUGCCCACAAAGGCCUUUCACCAUCAAGACGUGGAGAUCUUCAGAUUCUAGGUUUCUGCCUUCUACACUGGUUAUGUGGGUCCUUGCCAUGGGACAAUGUUCUCAAGGAUCCAGCUCUGGUCCAGCAGGUCAAGGCCAGACUGAUGGACGACCUGCCAGACUCUGUCCAGCGGCUGUCGGUGAGGGAGGCCAGCACAGACGAAGUGGCAGCAUUCCUGCUCCAAGUGAAGACUCUGGACUACCAAGAUAAGCCUGAUUACCAGCAUCUCAAAAAGCUACUAGCCGGUUCUGUCGGGGGACAGCUGGACUUCUCGGUGCCUGAAAGACCAGCUGUCAAAACCUCCAACACCCGGGAGAAGCAGAAAGCAAGAGGGCCGCCCAGAGCCAAACCUGGGCCGGCAAAGGGGGACCAUGAAGAACCAGAGAGGAGCAAGUCCAAACCAGUGACCACCCACUUCAUCAGAGGACCACCCCCCACCGAAUCCCAACAGAAGGAAGAGGCUUCACCUCCUGCCAGGAGAACUCUGAGGCCCAGACGUCCAUGCACCUAUGCAGAAGACAGUGGAGAAGAAGGGGAAGUGAGACCCAAACCCAUUCAUUUGGACCAUGUAAGGGGUCCUCCUAGAACUAGAACCCAAUGGAGCGGCAGGAAAACAAAUGAUCUGGCUGUGAUGUCAGGGCAACAAGGAAAUCAACCCCAGCAUCAAAGAGGAAAGCACACGAGGACACAGAGUGACAAGAAGAUGCAAACACACACGGAUUACAGAGAAGGGUGGGAUGAAAGAGGACGCCGCAGUGAUCAGGAGCUGUGGAAACACUCUGUUCACACAGAUCCAAGACAAGAUGCUGCUCCCACGCAGAGACACUCUCACAUGUCCUGGUUCUUCUGGGUCGGCCUUUUUCUCCUAUUGAGUGUUGUGUUACAGUUUGUUAAGGCACAAUAAACCUCCAAUAAACUGAAACUUUUUUUGUCUUUUUAGCAGUUCCCAGAUGUAUGUUUGACAGUAUUUCUUCAAGCUCACAACUUCUGGACUUCACUUGGCAUUUUCACAGUGAUGGGCUGGAAUGAAAGAAAAAAAAUUAUCUUUGAGUAACAGUGAAGAACAUUCUAGAAAAAAAAAGAUUAGACUGAAUAUUUGUAAAAAUGCUAAAAAGAUCAAAUGUGUCGUCCUUCAGUGAUGUCAGGGCUUUUGCAAGACUUCAUAAAAGUAAAAUGGGAAAAACA